AUGGCUGAAGAAUCAAAAGCUCCUUUAGUUCGUUGCCCAAAGUGUGAUAGUCUUAUAAAGGAGCUUCCCCAGUAUUCUUUAUACAUGUGUGGCUCUUGCGCUACUCUUCUUCGAGCAAAGAAGAAAGAUGAACAUGGAAGUGGGGGUGUGGAUAGAGAUGGAUUUAGAGGGUUUUAUAAGAGGAGCCUGGAAACAAUAGAUGAGGGACCUUCAACUUAUGGGGAUGUUCCAGCCUAUGGAUACCACAAACCGGUUAAGAGCUUUGAGUAUCUAGAUGGGUUGCUGCUGCUUAAGAAGCUUGGUGAGUUGAAGGAUCAACUGAGUAGAUCUCAUGAUGUGCCUCAGAAGCCUAGGGCAUUGGUUCCUGGUGGUAACAGGAUGGCUUGUACUGACCAUCUGGGUGGUUCUAUUGGGAUGUCUCUGGCUCAUACUUGGUCUGCACGAUAUCAUAAUGUUUCGAAAUUGAUUUAUUCAAAUCAUGAUUCCAUGAAUGAUGAUGAACAUAUGCAGAACUUCUAUGGAGAUUAUCUAUCACCAGGCAUGCAUAGAAGACUUCAUAAUCAAGCAACACAUCAACACCCUCAGCAAAGGACUUUUGGCUACUCUUCAGAGGAAUAUUCGGGUUUCAAUGAAGAUCUUCUUGCACAGUAUCUGAAUCAAGAGGGAGCCUUGCAUCACCUCCCUGCAUGUUCAUGUUUAUAUUGCUAUGACGAAAACCGGAAAGGCCCUUUGCGAGUUCAAUUGACUGGUUUUGGAAAUAGAAGCUCCUUGAAAGACCCUUGCAGUUCUACUUUCAACCAUUAUGUUAGUUCUAAUAGAGUUGGGGAACAUUAUCCACCUAUACCUCAACCAAAAUUUGAAGAUCCACCAGUGCACUUAUGGCCAAGUGAGAUCGAUUCAGAUAUUGAUGGUUUUGGUCCACGACGACGUCCUAGAAGGGUGGUGCUAACCAGCAGGAAUAAGCGGCUUUAUCACCCUGUAGCCAGUGGUUCUCCAUUUAUAUCAUGCUAUAAUUGUUUGGAGCUGUUAAGGCUGCCCAGGAAAUUCAGGAAAAUGAUGAACAAUGAGCAAAGGUUAAAACGUGGUGCUUGUUCCACAGUGAUUGUGUUUGAAAUGGAGAAAAAGAGAUUGAUUAUUUCCAUUCCUGGAAAUCCCAAUCCAACACCAACAGAAAUCAAAGAAACAUCACCAAAUUCUCCAGGAUCUUUUGAGCUUUGCUUUAGUUCCGAUAUUCCUCCAACCGCUUCAAGUUUACCUUUUCAAGAGCUGGCUAAGAACCCCUCAUCUAAUGAAACAGUUGGGGACAAUUCACUGCUGGUGACAAAUGAGGCGGGGGUUUCUUUCAAUGGAUAUCGGAGUUCAAGUUCAUCUCGAGACUCUUCGGAAGCAAGCAGAGAGCAAAACCAAUUGAAACUCCACAAGGGGAGCAAAUCAUUUUUAGUGGGCCUUAUAAAGAAAAGCUUCAGAGAUUUCUCAAAAUCUAAUGAUAACAUCAGGAAUGAACGGCCUAAUGUUUCAGUGAACGGACAGCCAAUAUCUGAUUAUGCCGCUAAGGAGGCUGAAAAGCGAGCCGGGCCAAUUCAUCUGGGGAAAUUACUGAUCAAGAGCUUAGAAGAACGAAUGAAAUCCGUGGAAAUAACUGAAUCAUUCUAUGGGUUUGAUGCUAGUGAGUUGAGUUUGGUUCCAGACUUAAUUCUUCCCAUUAAGUUCAAGGCUCCUGAAUUUGAUAAAUAUGAUGGUACUACAUGCCCUUCAUCCCAUAUUACUAUGUUUUGUCGAAGAAUGGCAGGGUAUGUGAAAGACGAGAAAUUGUUAAUUCACUGCUUUCAGGAUAGUUUGACAGGACCGGCUUUAAAAUGGUAUACUCAAUUGACCAAAGCCAACAUUAGAUCCUGGAAAGAUUUGGCUAAAGCAUUUUUAGAGCAGUAUCGCCAUGUGACAGACAUGGUCCCUGAUAGAUGGACUCUCCAAAAUUUGGAGAAAAAGAAUAAUGAAACAUUCAGACAGUAUGCCCAGAGAUGGCGUGACACUGCAGCCCAAGUUCAACCACCUUUGUCAGAAAAAGAGGCCACAGUAAUGUUUGUCCAUACAUUAAAGGCUCCUUAUCUAAACCAUCUAAUGGGGAAUGCAACCAGAAAUUUUGCAGAUUUGGUCAUUUCUGGAGAAUUAAUUGAAAAUGUCUUGAAAAGCGGCAAGAUUGAAUCAAAUGAUGGGUCUAGUUCCAAAUUUUUGAAAUUCCUGAAACAUAGUGAGUAUAGUGUGGUUGAACAACUACACAAACAACAAGCGAGAAUUUCUAUUCUUGAUCUCUUGAUGAAAUCAGAAGCACAUAGAAAUGCUUUGAUGAAAAUCCUCAAUCAAACAUUUAUCCCCGAAGAUAUAUCCCUCAAUAAACUUGACAGAAUUGUGGGACAUAUAGCCGCUGACAAUUACAUAACGUUCACAGAUGAUGAAAUACCGGAAGGCGGAAUGGGGUCAGUAAAAGCUUUGAACAUCACGACACAUUGUCAUGGUCAUGUGUUGCCAGGAGUAUUGAUUGACAAUGGAUCCGCUCUUAACCUGAUGCCUCUAGUUACACUUCAAAGAAUGCCUCUGGAUCAAUCACACAUGAAGAGUUAUCAGAACGUGGUACGAGCAUUUGAUGGUACUCAAAAAGAAGUGCUUGGCAAAAUGGAAAUACCGUUGUUAAUUGGCCCAGUCGUGUACAAUAUUGACUUUGUGGUGAUGGACAUCCACCCCACAUAUAAUUGUCUAUUAGGGAGGCCAUGGAUUCAUUCAGCAGGAGCCGUUCCCUCUUCAUUACAUCAGAAAUUGAAAUUUGUUGUUGAUGGACAACUAAUAUGCGUCAGUGCUGAAGAAGAAGAUAUUCCUACUGAACUAUUAAGAUUGGUAGAAAAAGAAGACAAACAAAUUCUACCCUACAAAGAAGAGGUUGAGACUGUGAAUUUGGGAACAGAUGAAGAGAUAAAAGAGGUGAAAAUUGGUACCACUCUGACAGUCCAGAUAAAACAAGAAUUGAUAAAUCUCCUUCAAGAGUUCAAAGAUAUCUUUGCCUGGACGUAUCAAGAUAUGCCUGGUUUGAGCACAGAUAUAGUGAUACAUAAGCUUCCAAUCAAUCCAGAAUAUAAACCGGUUCAACAAAAGCUCAGAAGAAUGAGGCCAGAAAUGUUGUUGCAAAUCAAAGAAGAAGUGAUGAAACAGAUCAAUGCAGGUUUCCUACAGGCAUCUAAGUACCCAGAAUGGGUAGCCAACAUUGUUCCCGUACCAAAGAAAAAUGGAAAAGUUCGAAUGUGUGUGGAUUACAGAGAUCUCAACAAAGCUAGUCCGAAAGAUAGCUUUCCCUUACCCCACAUAGACACAUUGGUGGACAAUACUGCAGGGCACGCAUGGUUUUCAUUUAUGGAUGGAUUUUCAGGAUAUAAUCAGAUAAAAAUGAAUCCUGAAGACAUGGAAAAGACGACAUUUAUAACCAUGUGGGGCACAUUCUGUUAUAAAGUGAUGCCAUUUGGAUUGAAAAAUGCAGGGGCAACGUAUCAAAGAGCCAUGGUAACUUUGUUUCAUGACAUGAUGCACAAAGAGAUUGAAGUAUAUGUAGAUGACAUGAUUGCCAAAUCCCGAACUGAAGAAGAACAUAUUCAAAAUCUGAGAAAGCUUUUCCAGAGAUUGAGGAGAUAUCAAUUAAAGCUCAACCCCGCAAAAUGCACUUUUGGGGUAACUUCUGGGAAACUUUUGGGAUUUGUGGUCAGCAAAAAAGGAAUUGAGAUUGAUCCAGAUAAAGUAAAAGCAAUUCAAGAUCUUCCACCACCCAAUACAAAAAAAGAAGUUCGAGGCUUUUUGGGAAGAUUAAAUUAUAUAUCUCGGUUCAUUUCUCAAUUAACUGACAAAUGUGAUCCAGUGUUCAAAUUACUUCGAAAGAACAAUCCUGAAGUCUGGAAUGAAGAAUGUCAAGAAACUUUGGAUAUUAUUAAGAAAUAUUUAUCCAAUGCCCCAAUUUUAGUAUCACCAAUGCCUGAUAGACCAUUAAUUCUCUACUUGACGGUCUUCGAAAAUUCGAUGGGAUGUGUACUAGGACAGCAUGAUGAAUCUGGAAGAAAAGAAAAAGCUAUCUAUUAUCUGAGCAAGAAAUUUACUGAUUGUGAAGUUCGAUAUCCACCAAUACAAAAAUUAUGUUGUGCCCUGGUGUGGGCUACUCGAAGACUCAGACAAUAUAUGUUAUACCAUACUACUUGGUUGAUAUCAAAACUUGAUCCUUUGAAAUUCUUAAUGGAAUCACCAGCUUUGACAGGCAGAAUGGCUAGAUGGCAGAUGUUAUUAUCUGAGUUUGAUAUUGUAUAUGUCAACCAAAAAGCAAUAAAAGGAAGUGUAAUAGCUGAUUUUCUGGCCAGUCGUGUAUUAAAUGAUUAUCAGCCUUUGAACUUUAAUUUUCCCGAUGAAGAUCUGUUGUGCAUAUCCAUGAAUGAAGAAGUCAGAACAAAUGAUGAAUUUGCAACUUGGAAACUUUAUUUUGACGGAGCAUCUAAUGCUUUGGGACGAGGAAUCGGGGCAGUGUUAAUUUCUCCAGAAAAUGUUUAUUAUCCCUUUACAAGUAGACUGGAGUUCUUUUGCACCAAUAACAUGGCGGAAUAUGAAGCUUGUGUCAUGGGAUUGAAAGCAGCUAUAGAAAGAAAAAUCAAAUUUCUCAAGAUAUAUGGAGAUUCAUCUUUGGUGGUGUAUCAAUUGCGAGGAGAAUGGGAAACAAAAGAUCCCAAAUUGUUGGAAUACCGAAAUUUUACCCUCGAAUUAGUGAAAGAAUUUGAGAGAGUUACCUUCAAUUAUCUCCCUCGAGAAGAAAAUCAAAUGGCAGAUGCUUUGGCUACAUUAGCUAAGAGGGAACUAACAUCAGAUAUACUUCCACAAGCCUUGGAUCCAUCAAGCUGGAGCAAUACCGUCUACGUUGCACCAGAAAGUCAAUUUGUGAAUGCUAUAUUUGCGGCUGAAAGAGGAAAGAUUUCCAAACCCCGACUCUCCAAAUACACUAAAAUGGAUAUCAAACAGACCUUGGGAAGAGGUGCCAAGGUGGGAAGAGGAUUUGGGAGUCUCUUGCAAGAAAGGAUCAAUCAUGUCCUUCCUAUAACAAAGCUAGACUAG